GCCCUGCAAGCGAUGUUAAUUGUCUAUAUGCAGGCGACGUACAUUGACCGCAUGCUGACGUACACCCCGCCCGUAUACGACGGCUCGCAGUACCCGGGCGAGUACGAGGCGCUGGCCUGGAUCAUCGGCUGCACUGGGCUGCUGCAGGUGCCCAUCGGUGCAUUCGCAUGCGUCCUCGAAAAUGUCAGGUACCCGGCGCGAGCCUUCCAGCCGGAGUACCACUGGGAACCGAACACGCCGAACCGAGUGAACGCCUACUUCGAGGAGCUCGAGGAACAGGGCGACUCGAGCGCCGAUGUACAGGGCGUUCUGUAUGAGGCAACGGAGGCGCUCGAGGUGUCCAUCGAUCUCGACGAGCCCCUGGUGUUCAAGCCUGAAAUGGAUGCUUCGACGUAGGCCUAAGUGUUGCGACGAGGGCAGCGAAACCCGUGACCGGCAUUACAGUGCUGUUCACG